AUGCGACGACAUCAGCACAGGAUCCACAAGCGCCACCUCCGGCUCAAAGAUAAGGAAGCCCCUCUGUUGCAGGAGGCAAAACCUCCAAAGCUACCUCCUAUUACAUCUCAACACUAUUCCUCCAACACAAACACAAUCGCAGUUCUUAAGAAUGUAGGGGACCAAGAGGAGCAAUAUAUGCUGAAUAUCUCUGGUAACAUCUCAGAGAACCUCAGCUUUUAUAUUGAUGGGAAGAUUGUGUCAACAAGCACUGUCAGUAGAUGUGAGGUAGUUGGACUGGAUGCUGUGAUUAUUAAUCCUGCCCAGAUCAGUCAGGCUCUUAAAGUACAUGCUGCUACUCGCACAGGAAAAGAGAGACCUGGUCAACCCUUGACAAAAAUGAGAACUGCCACACCACCUCUUCUACCCCAAAUCAAAACUGAACUAGAAUUGGAAGCUGUUGUGAAACAGCUUUUAAAGACGCAAGAUGGCCUCAAACUCACCCUUGCCCUUAUCACAGAUAGCCAGAAGCUGUGUUCACCACUUUCCCUGACUGUCAUCCCAGCAGGAUCGGGGGGGGGGGGGGGGGGGGGGGGUUUAAAAGGAGAGGGUCUCCUCCUAACUCACCACAGCAAAGCCCUUCAUCAACUGUUGAAAGCACAACAACAGAUGUGGAAGUUUCUAAUGUUCUCAAUGUCCGAAUGUCGGAGAGCCAGUGCAGUUCACCCGCAUGCAGCUUAUCCACCAAUGAUAAGAGUGAGAUCUCCACCAGUCCACCGGUAGAGGAUACAGUGACAACUCAUGUCUUGCCAGAGGGGUGGUCCCCAAUGAGUGGUGGUAGUUCCUGCAACCAGCAACCCUGGGACCUCUCAAAUGCUGUCAAGAGAAGUGAAGAUGAAGCCCUAAGAGAAGCUGUGUUGGACUUGAGUGUGCACAGGAAGAAUGCAGCUGAUUCAGAAGCAAAGGGAAGCUUAGUUCCACAACCCCUAAAUAAAAAGAGGAGGCCCAACACCAUUAUGUUGGAGAAGGUGCUGAUGAAUGAGUAUGCAAACCUAGAGGUUGCUGCAGAGCAAAGAUUAAGUAUAUUAGGAAAUCCUGAUGCACUGUUAGUAACAGACUUGGCCAUAGUUAUUGCUUUGGAUAUGUCACCUGCUACUGAAAGAGUUGUAUUUGGAUUAACUUUGCCCUUUGCAGCACUUAAUCCAGACCCCUUCCUCUGUAGCUCAGCUGGUAGAGCACGGCGCUUGUAACGCCAAGGUAGUGGGUUCGAUCCCCGGGACCACCCAUACACAAAAAUGUAUGCACGCAUGACUGUAAGUCGCUUUGAAUAAAAGCGUCUGCUAAAUGGCAUAUUAUUAUUAGUUUCAGUCACCAUGCAGUCGAUCUCACCAUGCACCAUAACACGUGCUUCCCCACAUUCAGUCCUACCAACUACUCCUUAACUAAUUACCUUUUUAGGGACACCAACAUGUUCCUCUAGCAGUUCCACAAAUCAACCUACCCUUGAAGCAUUGACUCCUGAAAUAUCUCCUAAACCUUUCGCAAUCUGCACUGAAAAUUCAUUGAAUUCAGCUGAGUGUGAGUUGAGCGCUGUUUUGCCAGAUUGGGUUACUUCUAAUUUUGCAAGCCUCCUUGCCAUCUCUAAACCCCUUGACCCAACUCUCAAUCUACAAGGGCAUGUAUUUCUCACAGAUCACACUAUAGGCCUAAAUCAAAUAGCUCUAAACACUUCCACAGUUGAAUCGACCAUUGGAUUUGAAGUGCCAACAUGCUCUCCAGCUUUAACUCUAAAUUAUUUCCUUAUCAACUCCUUUAACAUUACUAGCAGUGGUGUAAAGUACUUAACGAUUUUUUCUUUUACUUUUGAUACUUAAGUAUAUUUUAGCAAUCCCAUUUACUUUUGAUACUUAAGUAUAUUUAAAACAAAAUACUUUUAGACUUUUACUCAAGUAGUAUUUUACUGGGUGACUUUCACUUUUACUUGAGUAAUUUUCUAUUAAGGUAUCUUUACUUUUACUCAAGUAUGACAAUUGGGUACUUUUUCCACCACUGAUUACUAGUAAUACUGUUUUAAGUGAAUGCACAGUCACUCUUGAAUCCCCAAAUAACCUUGUCCCUACUGCAAUUGCUUUUCAAGAAAAUACUGUUGAAGCUACAGCACCUGCACAAAUUGUCAUAAAUCAUGAAGAGCAACAGCAGCUUAUGUCCUUGCCUCACCAUGAAACCGUUGACCCUACUGUUUUAGUAUCUACCAUAGAGCAAUCCGUUACCCUUUCAACCUUGUCUGCAGUCAUAUCUGAGUGUCCAACUUUUCUAGAAUCCAUUUCCUCCCCUGUUUCUGCCAUUCUUAAAGAAGAAUCUAACCAAAAGGAAGUAUGCGCUGACAUAUCUAUCUGCCAAUCUGAAACUGUACAGACCUCUGAGGGCACAAGUCAAGUGGAAGAAUCCUCAAAUGAGACACUGUCCAAGCAACAGGAGACUUUCACUAAGGACUUAAUGUGCAAUGUAUGUGAUAAGCUUUUUCAUUUAAUGAAGGAACUGGGUCAUCAUGUAAGUGAGCAUUCUGAUGAAUGGCCAUACAAAUGUGAGUUCUGUGUAGUGCUCUUUGGGAAGCCCACAGCAUUGCUUGAGCACAGGUCAACCCUCCAUAGUGAUCUAUAUUUGCUGUGCAUGUACAAAUGAAUUUGCUUAUCUUCGCAACCUGAAACAUCAUCAGGAGGAGUUGCACUCUGGCAAGGAAUGCAAAUAUACAGAGAAGGAAAAUGGCAAGCUGCGACCCCAGAACGACAACAGUAAAACUAAAUUUAGCACAGAGGCUUCAUCCACUGUGCUAUGACAGUCUGAUAAAGCUGCCAUAAAAGAUGAGGGAGAAUUAGAUGAUGCUAGAGAAGAACUCUUUACAACAAUAAAGAUAAUGGGUUCCGAGGGAGGCAAGACCAAAGGCCUGAAUGUUCGCCUUGGCAUCAACCAACACUAUCCCAGUCAUAACCGGACACCUGCCGGCUCUGUAGAGUCAGCUACCAACUUCACCACCCAGAGCAUCCCAGCUAUCCGAUGUACUAAAUGUCUCAAAAGCUUCGAUAACAUGCCAGAGCUGCACAAAUACAUUCUUGCUUGUGCAAAUGCCAACAACAAAAGACGUCACACGCCCAAGAAGAACCCCAUCCCUCUUCGUCACUUUGCAAAAGUUCAAAAUGGAGUACUGUCCUCUACUAAUUCCACAAAUUGCCAAAAUGCUCUCUACAUGGCGAGUCAAACAAAUCGGCCCAUACUCAAUCAGGAGCCACCUGCCAAGUUAACGCUUAAUGCGCUUAACGAAUGGAAAAAAACAGCUGGUACCGAGGGCCAUUUCACAGAGGAGUAA